CGUGGCCGAGGCUGUCGGUGCCGCGUCGUUCGAGGGUCGGGUCGUUGCUCCGCCUCCUCCGCCACGGAGGCUUCAGGAAGAAAUUUCGGGAGGGGGAGGAAAAUGGCGGCGCCCAGUGAGGAGCCGUUGGCGCCGCCGCCGCCGCGCUCGCUGCAGUCUUCCGCGACGGGCGGUUCGUCCUCGUCCUUGCAGGGGUUGAGCGGAGGCCCCGGGCCCAACCCGUUAUCGCGGAAGCUCCGCAAAGUGCUGGAGACGCGGCUGGAGGCGGACAAGGAAAUGUUAGAGGCACUCAAGGCUCUUUCCACCUUUUUUGUUGAAAACAGUUUACGUACCAGAAGAAAUUUGCGUGGGGAUAUUGAACAUCGAAGUUUAGCUAUAAAUGAAGAAUUUGUCUAUAUUUUCAAACAAGUGAAAGAGGAGCUUGAAAGUAUUAAUGAAGAUGUGCAGUUCAUGAACAACUGCUGCCAGGAUAUGACUAAUCACUUGAAGGCAACCAAGGAGCAAACACAGGAUUUAAUAGUAAAGACAACUAAGCUUCAAGCAGAGAACCAGAGGUUAGAAUUGAAAGCACAAAUAGCAGAUGCUUUCAUAGCAGAAUUCCAGCUUUCUCCAGAGCAAAUGAAUGUCCUUCGAAGUGCAAGAGAUGGACCUGUUACAGAGGAUUUUUUCAAAGUACUGGGAAGAGUAAAGCAAAUCCACAACGAUGUCAAGAUUCUUCUGCGCACAAACCAGCAGAGAUCAGGCCUAGAGAUUAUGGAACAGAUGGCCUUGCUCCAGGAGACUUCUUAUGAGCAGCUUUACCGGUGGGCACAAGGUGAAUGCAGGGCCUUAACCCAGGAAUCUUGUGACAUUUCUCCAGUUCUAGCUAAAGCAAUGGAAGCUUUGCAAGACAGGCCUGUUCUGUAUAAGUACACCCUUGAUGAGUUUGCCACUGCCAGAAGGAGUGCUGUGGUUCGAGGCUUCAUAGAUGCUCUUACUAGAGGAGGCCCAGGAGGAACACCCCGGCCGAUUGAAAUGCACUCCCACGAUCCUUUUAGGUAUGUAGGAGACAUGUUGGCAUGGCUGCAUCAAGCGACAGCUUCUGAAAAAGAGCACCUGGAAGCUCUGCUAAAACACAUAACCACUGAAGGGGUGGAAGAAAAUACGCAAGAAGUAGUUGGACACAUCACAGAAGGUGUUUGCCGGCCUCUUAAGGUUAGAAUUGAACAAGUGAUAGUAGCUGAACCAGGAGCAGUCCUGCUGUACAAAAUUUCUAAUCUUCUCAAAUUCUACCACCACACCAUCAGCAAUAUUGUGGGAAACAGUGCAGCGAUGCUCUUAACCACAAUAGAAGAGAUGCAUGUGUUGAGUAAAAAGAUCUUCUUCAACAGUCUGAGCCUUCAUGCAAGUAAGCUUUUGGAUAAGGUUGAAUUGCCUCCUGCAGAUCUUGGCCCAAGCACUGCAUUGAAUCAAACACUUGCUCUGCUGCGUGAGGUUCUAGCUUCCCAUGACUCAUGUGUCAUCCCUUUAGAUACUCGUCAAGCUGACUUUGCACAGGUCCUUUCUUGCGUGCUGGAUCCCCUGCUCCAGAUGUGUACGGUGUCUGCCAGUAACUUAGGAUCUGCUGACAUGGCAACCUUUAUGGUGAAUUCCCUUCAUAUGAUGAAGACAACACUGGCUCUGUUUGAAUUCACAGAUAAACGGCUAGAAAUGUUACAGUAUCAGAUUGAGGCACAUCUGGAUACCCUAAUAAAUGAACAAGCUUCCUAUGUAUUAACCAGAGUGGGCUUAAGUUACAUAUAUAAUGUUGUACAGCAACAUAAACCAGAGCAGGGUCCCUUGGCAAAUGUGCCCAGUAUGGAUUCUAUGUCACUAAAAGCUGCAAUGGUCCAGUUUGAUCGUUAUUUAUCAGCUCCUGAUGGUCUGUUAAUGCCACAAAUAAAUUUUCUUCUAAGCACAGCUGUUAAACAGCAGAUAAUAAAACUAUCCACAGAACUGGUCUGUAGAGCCUACAAUGAAGUAUAUGCAGCUGUGCUGAAUCCAAACAAUGAAUAUAAAGAUCCAGAAACAAUAUUGCACAGAUCGCCUCAUCAGGUUCAAGCUCUUCUCUCCUAAUUCUACCAUCUGAAACAUUCCUUUCAAUAUUCUCAUGGUUUAAAGUCAGAAUGCAAUCAUUCAGGUUUGUGGUAGGCAAUGAUAAAUAGGGGUGUGUGUAUUUAAGGGGAACAUGUAGCGUUGGAACCAUCUACUUGGUUGGCAGAGGUCAGGUCAGUCUUUAGGUUUAAAACUAUUGUGACAUAAAUUUGCAAGAGCUUUGUGCUGACAUGGAGGUUUCUGUGGGAAAUUACAGCUACAUUUUUAAAAAGGAUGAUAAAAUAAACAGGGUGCACCUAAAACACUUAAUUUGUUCAGGUGACUUAGCCGGUAUGGGCAUUGCCUGCCAUUCUUCCUUAACAGUUUGGAGGAGGAAACCCUUGACCAGUGAGGCUGAAUGCCUCUCUCUCUUUUUGCCCCUGAGAGGCAACGUCUGAACUCAAGUCUCUGGAAAUCUGCUUGCCAAUGGCUUCCUUGGCUACUGAAUCUGCCAACGCUGUGAACAAGAAACCGUCUCCUUUGGUUGUGUCCGUGUACUGUGUUCCCUUGGUUGGAGAGCCAGAUUGCCACAGCAAGGAGCCAUGAUCAGGUGGGGUGCUAAUGGGAAGGAAAGGCAUCAGGGGGUAUGGCAGGCUCUCUGCUGCAUACAUUUAGCCCUCCAUUGUAUAGAGGCUGGUGGUGGAGAUGCAGUCAGGGCUGUAAAGAUAGCUGACUAGAAAUGGGCGUAUUCCUAUUCAUAUAUGAAUAUCCCAGCACAGCUGGACUUAAUGAGGGUCCGGCUCUUGGGGCCAGACCAUUCACUCAUGUGUCCAGUCCUUUGCUCAUCCUUCCAAUCACUCCCAGAGCCCUGCUCUCUUCCCACUCGGCUGGCUACUCAGCAGCCAAGCAGGGAGACUUAGUUAUCUUUUAACAAAGAAUGUGGGAGCUAUUCCACCAGUUCCCUAUUGCUCUGGCAUUCUCUACCUCAUCCAACAGUGCCAGCGUUAGUGAAGAAAAGGCAAGAAAGGUAGCCUGUAAGCCUGACUUUGGAAAGGUGAUUUUUUUUCACCUCAGUCUUAUAUCCUGACAUUGCUCCAACGGUACCACCCAGUAGGAAAUAAGUCAUGAUUGUCCUUCAGAAUUGAUUUCAGUGGACCUUAAUUUGAUCUAGAUCUAUCAGAAAUUAAUUUGCAGUUGAUAUUUAAAUUCAUGGGCUGGGGAUUUCCAAGUGCUUGUAUAUGUGAUGAGUAAUCAGGCCAUAAAUAAAUAAAUAAGUUUAUCAA